GUUUGGUUGUGGUUGUCCAGCGUCAACCAACUAAAAUCCUCCUGGCUGCUAUACGACACAAUUGUUGAACGUAAUCAACCAACGCGAGUCGCAUACUCCGGAAUUUGAUUCAUUUACUGAAGUUUCGUUCGCAAAUUGGGGACUGUAAGUAGUGAUUUCGAGUGAAUACAUCGUUGCCUUAAUGGCCGUUGCUACAGAUCGGCUCUUGAAGCGGCUUGAACGGCUACGUACUAAAGCAGAUCACAUGAUCAAGGAUGUUUCUCUAGACUAUGAACAUACUCCCUUUAUUGCAUCUCAAUCCUUCAAAAUUCUCUGCAAGAAAGCUAUGUCGGUCUGUAUAAUUGAUCCCCUAUGGAGAAUUGUGCACCUUUCAGCUCCCGAAUUGAUCAAAUUUCUCCAUGAGGAAGAAGGGUAUACUUCUUUAGAUGUUUACUGGCUGAAGUCUUUACCGAAGAUCCUUUACGAGCUUCAAACUGUUUUAGAUUGUGUAAGCGACAGCAGAAAUUGGGGCAAUUUGGAUAGGCAUGUGUGGGAUGAGGUAAAUAAAGAUGAAGAAGUGCAGGGUAUGUUGAAGAAGAUUAAAGGUACAUUAUCUGAUUACUUUCCUGUUCUCAUUGAUGAAGCUCCAAGAGUCAUUUGUGCAAUAGAAGAAUUGAAGACAGUGAUUGAUGCAAUUCUAAUACUUUGCUGCGAGUUUCUAGACUCAGACAUGAAAUUCGUUGUGUUUGAUGAUAUAUCGAGAAGAAAACUUGAGUCAGGAUUUACACAGAGGCAACUUGAACUACUCUCAGUACCAUUAAAACAGAGUGUAGAUGAGGAAGAAACCGUGGUAGGGUUUGAGGAUGAUACAAUAAAGCUGCUUGAUAUGCUUACUGGAUUUUCAAAGAAGCUGGAGAUCAUCCCAAUUAUAGGAAUGGCAGGACUGGGUAAAACUACCUUGGCCAAAACAGUAUAUGAGCAUCCUUUCAUCGUAUAUUUCUUUGAUAUCCGUGUUUGGUCAUGUGUUUCUCAAGAAUAUGUAAAGAGGGAUAUUUUACUUGGUAUUUUGAGUUGUAUUGUUCAGCUUACAACCAGAUUUUAUAGCAUGAGUGAUGAGCUGUUGGGAGAACAAAUAUACAGAGGACUGAAGGGUCAAAAAUAUCUAGUAAUCUUUGAUGAUAUUUGGGAUGAUAGUCAUUGGAAGGACUUAAAACUAUAUUUUCCAGACGAUAGAAAUGGAAGUAGGAUACUGCUAACCACCCGGAAUUCAAAUUUAGGGUCAACAACCGCUCAUAGUCAUAGGUUGAGGCUACGAACAGCUCGUGAAAGCUGGCGAAUAUUACAAAUGAUGGUUUUCAAAAAUGGAAAAUGUCCAUGGAGAUUGUAUGAUAUCGGAAAGCAGAUAUCUAGAAAAUGUUGUGGGUUGCCUCUUGCAGUUUCUAUAACUGCAGGGCUUCUGAGAGGUAAGUGGACAAGAGGCUCAUGGAAACAAGUUGCUGAAAGUCUAAGCAACUAUAUUGUGAAUGACCCAAAUCAGUAUAUGGAUACUCUAGCAUUAAGUUACAAUCAUUUGCCUCCACAUUUAAGACCAUGUUUUUUGUAUCUAGGAGCAUUCCCGGGUGAUUGUGAUAUCCCGGUGCACAAACUGAUUUGGUUAUGGGUUGCUCUCGGAUUCAUACAUCAAACCGGGAGUGGGGGUAAAACUUUGGAGGAUGUAGCACAGGGUUACUUAAUGGAUUUACUCGGGAGAAGUCUUGUAAUAGUUUCCAAAAAAGGUGCUGAUGGACAAAUUAAAGCUUGUCAUGUCCAUGACCUAUUGCGCAGUUUGUGCUUGUGGAAAGCAAAUCAGGAGGGGUUUUCUCCUAUACUCUACAGGUAUGGGCGUGUGACAUCAGCACAUUCUCCUGUUGCAGAAAGUGAAAGUAGUUGGUCUUCAGAUCAUUCUACUCAACAUGUGAACUUCCUUUUGUGUUGUCCUGUAGAAUUGGGUGAAUGUUUCCAUGUGGGUGGCUCUUUUGAUUGUGAGACCUAUAAAUUUCUUAGGGUAUUGGAUAUUGAAUCCGCCUCUAUAUUCUCUUUUCCAAAAGAAAUACUGAAUCUAGUUAACUUGAGAUAUCUAGCAAUUCAAGCUGAAGAUGGGAACCCCCCAACAUCAAUUUCCAACCUCGUACACCUACAAAUCCUCAUCAUUUCAUCAAGGAAGAAUGUUUUUGUACCUAGAAGUACAUGGGAUAUGGAAUGUCUGAGGCAUCUUUAUAUUAAGUCGGGGGAAAAGGAAAAUCUUAUUGAAGAUGUCUCUUCCGAUCGGGUAUUAGAGAAUCUACAGACUAUUUCAGGUGUUUGCCCUUCUACAUCUUGUGUGGGUAUUUUGUCCAGAACUCCUAAUCUUAGGAAACUUGGUUUCCAUGGAUGUUUAGUAUCACCUUUAGGGGUCUUGGAGUUUCCAAAUAUAUGCUCUUUGACAUGUCUUGAGACGUUGAAAUUAUCAAACACAAAGAUGUAUCAUUCCACUGUGAAGUCAUGCAGCCUAAUUAUGUUUCCUGAAAGUCUUACACGGUUGACUUUAUCAGAUACUGCUUUGAACUGGAACGAGAUUCGGACAAUUGGGUUGCUUCCAAACCUUGAUGUUUUGAAACUGAAUGUUAAUGCAUGCAUUGGGGAAAUAUGGGGAACAAGUGACAUGGGAUUGGGAUUCAGAAAACUCAAGUUGUUGAAGUUGCAAGACUUGGAUUUAGUAAAAUGGGAAGCUUCAAGUGGAGACUUUCCAAGGCUUCAGAGGUUGGUUGUGCGAGGAUGUUCAAGACUUGAAGAGAUUCCAGCCUGUAUUGGUGAAAUCUUAACACUAGAAUUGAUCGAGGUAAGUUGGUGUAACGAAUCUACUGCUCAAUCUGCAAGAAGAAUUCAGAAAGAACAAGAGAGAAAUGGGAAUGAUUUCCUCAAAGUCUUUACUUCAGUGCACAAGGAUCAGCAAGGAAAGAGGAAAAGACCAAGCCAUGAUGAUUGAUUUGAUUCUCUAGGUUACUGAUAAGAAUAGAGAUGGCAAAAUACUAGGUUAUCAAGGAAAAUGUAAUAAUCUGUAAGUAAUCGUAAGAAAAUGCAAGGGAGAAAGCUUGUAUUGACAAUCCGUUAUGAAACUCAAUCAAAACAAUAAUAUUCCCUCCUUUUUUAUUCUA